GGAUGGCUAAGUAAGCAUGGCCUUCCUUCUGGUGGCCUUGCUGGCGUGCCUGCACCUGGGCUCUGGCUGUCAUCACAGGACCUGCCACUGCUCCAACAGGGUCCUUCUCUGCCAAGGGAGCAAGGUGACAGAGAUCCCCUUCGACCUCCCCAGGAACGCUAUGGAACUGAGAUUUGUCCUUACCAAAGUUCAAGUCAUCCCAAAAGGAGCGUUUUCAGGACUUGAGCACCUGGAGAAAAUAGAGAUCUCUCAGAAUGAUGUCUUGGAAGCGAUAGAGGCAGAUGUGUUCUCCAACUUGCCCAAUUUACAUGAAAUUAGAAUUGAAAAGGUCAAUAGCCUGAUGUACAUCGACCCUGACGCCUUCCAGAACCUUCCCAAUCUUCAAUACCUGUUAAUAUCCAACACCGGUAUUAAGCACUUGCCAGCUGUUCACAAGAUUCAAUCUCUCCGAAGGGUUUUACUAGACAUUCAAGAUAACAUAAACAUCCACACAAUUGAAAAAAACUCAUUCACUGGACUGAGUCGCGAACCUGUGAUUCUAUGGCUGAAUAAGAACGGGAUUCAAGAAAUACACAAUUGUGCAUUCAAUGGAACCCAACUAGAUGAGCUGGAUCUAAGUGACAACAGAUAUUUGGAAACAUUGCCUAGUAACAUUUUUAAGGGAGCCUCUGGACCUGUCAUCCUAGAUAUCUCAAGAACAAGGAUCCAUUCGCUGCCUCGCUGUGGCUUAGAAAACCUCAAGAAGCUGAAGGCCAGUUCUGCCUACCACUUGAAGAAGCUUGCCAGCUUGGAGAAGUUUGUUGCCCUCGUGGAAGCCAGCCUGACCUACCCCAGUCACUGCUGCGCCUUUGCCAACUGGAACCGGCAGAGCUCUGAGCUUCACCCCAUUUGCAACAGAUCUGUAGUAAGGCGAGAAGGUGAUGCAAUGGCUCAGGCUAGAGGCCAGAGAGUCUCUUUGGCGGAGGCUGAUGAGCCCACUUUCAGCGCCAGGGUUGACAUGAUGUCUAGCGGCCUGGACUACGACUUAUGCACUGAAGUGGCCGACGUGACCUGCUUCCCGAAGCCCAACGCGUUCAACCCGUGUGAAGACAUCAUGAGCCACAACGUCCUCCGAGUCCUCAUCUGGACUAUCAGCAUCCUGGCCGUCACGGGCAACAUCGUCGUGCUGGUGAUCCUGACCGCCAGCCCUUACAAGCUCACCGUGCCCCGGUUCCUCAUGUGCAACCUGGCCUUUGCCGACCUCUGCAUCGGCAUCUACCUGCUUCUCAUCGCGUCUGUGGACAUCCACACCAAGGGCCAGUACCACAACUACGCCAUCGACUGGCAGACGGGCGCAGGCUGUCACACGGCCGGCUUCUUCACCGUCUUCGGCAGCGAGCUCUCCGUCUAUACGCUGACGGCCAUCACGCUGGAGCGGUGGUACACCAUCACCCACGCCAUGCAGCUGGACCGCCAGGUGCAGCUGCGCCACGCGGCCUCUGCCAUGCUGCUGGGCUGGACCUUCGCCUUGGCAGUAGCCCUCCUGCCCAUCGUGGGUGUCAGCAGCUACAUGAGGGUGAGCGUCUGCCUGCCCAUGGACCUUGACGGCCCCCUGUCACAGCUCUACAUCGUGUCCCUCCUGAUGCUCAACGUCCUGGCCUUCGUGGUCAUCUGUGGCUGCUACGCCCACAUCUACCUCACGGUGAGGAAGCCCAACGUCUCGUCCUCUUCGAGUGACACCAAGAUCGCCAAGCGCAUGGCCAUCCUCAUCUUCACCGACUUCCUCUGCAUGGCGCCCAUCUCCUUCUUCGCUAUCUCGGCUUCCCUCAAGGUGCCCCUCAUCACGGUGUCCAAGUCCAAGAUCCUCCUAGUCCUGUUCUACCCCAUCAACUCCUGCGCCAACCCUUUCCUCUACGCCAUCUUCACCAAGACCUUCCGCAGGGAUUUCUUCCUUCUCAUGAGCAAGUUUGGCUUCUACGAAAUGCAAGCGCAGGUCCACAGGACCGAAUCCUCGUGCACGGCCCACAAAUCCCAUCCGAAGAACAGCCACUGCCCCCCGGCCCCCAGGGCCGCCAACAGUUCCAGCUACACGCUCGUCCCACUCAAACACGUGGCCGAGCGCAAAAUCACGACGCCCUUCGAUGAAGACUUUGAAGGGAAGCACCAGACGUUUGCGGCCCUGCUGCCUCUGCACGGGCGGGUGAUGACCGCGACUCUCAAGGUGGCCAGCGGUGAACGGUCCCCAUUGAGCUGGGAUUGCCAAGCCUGCAUCGGCAACACGGACAGCACAGAAAAGGCCCCAAGCAGCACUAGCAGCAGGCGGGGUCCAGUGCACGCGGGCACGCAGAUAUGCCUGCAGGCAGAUACGUGGGCACGCCGGCACGCAGAUACGUCAGCACCGGGGCACGCGGGCACGCACAUACAUCGGCAUGUAGGCACGCGGGCACGCAGAUACGUCAGCACCGGGGCACGUGGGCACGCACAUACAUCGGCAUGUAGGCACGCGGGCACGCAGAUACGUCAGCACCGGGGCACGUGGGCACGCAGAUACGUCAGCACCGGGGCACGUGGGCACGCAGAUACGUCAGCACCGGGGCACGUGGGCACGCAGAUACGUGGGCACGCCGGCACGCAGAUACGUCAGCACCGGGGCAUGUGGGCACGCAGAUACUCAGCACCGGGGCACGCCAGCCCACAGAUACGUCAGCACCGGGGCACGCGGGCACGCACAUACAUCGGCAUGUAG